AAUUCAGAGUGCAGUGCAGUUAUUAAAAGAAGAAAUGUCAGAACAUAGCUGUAAGAAGGCUCGCAUGGAGCAGCCAAAACCAGAAACCCGCCAAGACUGUUUGAUAUUUGGGUUAGGAGCAAAAAUUACCGCCGACGAUGCUGAAAUAACUGGCAUACGACUACCAACAAAUGAACAAGUGCUUCGAUGUUUUAGAUUUCACCAAAUGGAGGGACUCUCAUCAAACUGCUCCAAAAGAGACAUUGCAAAAAUCGUUCUAGAAAAACUAGUUCCUUUCUACAUGAAAGCAAACAUACCCAUGAUAACGACCAAAAAAGCAAAUUGCUCGGAGAGAAGCACGAAAACAGAAGGAAUCAGACAGAAAGCAAAAAGCCUCAGAAAAACUGCGAUCCACGUACUCGCGGGUAGAGCUUGCCAACAGCAGCGAAGAUACCGAAGAAGAGGACAACCCAAAUACUGCAGGAGCUCGCUCAGAUCUGAUGCUCCUUGGAACGACCUGCAGUUGUUCAAACGGAUGAUUCUGUAUGCAGCAGUUAACCCUCACAUUUCACAAAGUUCCCUCACCGCUUUCAAACGUCAUAUGUGGUAUUUGACUCCGGAAAUGGUUCCGCUGGCUUUAUUCAGUGAUUCUGUACCAAACAAUGAACGCCAGGGACUUGCCGAACGACUGUUGACUUUAAAACCAGAUGAUACUGACUCGUUGCCCAGAAAUCGCUUUGGGACUGGUUUCGGAAAGCCCAAAUUCCCGGAGGACAUAAAUGAAAACACUACAUUGGCAGACAUUGUUACAGAAGAUUCGUGGUAUAUCUUCAAAUUACUGGAUUUGAAUCCUGACUUUCUUUCAAAAGGUGUUGAUGACUGGGAGACCUCUGACUCGUACAUCACUUCGAAGUCCCAUGUCAGUUCUAUCAAUGUCACCAAUGACUGUGCUGAAAGAGCUGUAAAACUCAGUGCGGACUAUGCAAGCGCAGCAAGGAAAGAGGACAAUUAUCAAAACAUCCUCCACGUUGUGGAGUCUGACAGAAAGUGCACGCCGAACCUAAGAAACCCAAAAAAGAAAACACUUUAAGCAUAGCAUUUGUGAUCAACAAUAAUAACCUGAUAAUAACUGUUCUAUCUCUUUUACGGUUAUCAUUACAUAGUUUUUCCUUGUGAAAUGUUCUUAAUAUCCAGUAUAUGCUUGGAAUAAAAUAUUUUUGACCUU